UCCUCAAUCAACAGCCAAUUAGACAUACAAAUUAUAUAGAUUGCUUUCUUAAGGAUAAUAUGGAUGGAAAGUGAGUGACUGAAGUUGGAACUUGUAAGAAGCAUCACUCUAAAACACCUAGAAUUUUGGACAUUUGUCAUUGUGAUCCGCGCAACAUAAAAAAGUUUACAAUUAUGAAUUUUAAAGUGCAAAUAGUUUUAGUUUUGUUUUUCUAUACCAAAGUUUCAACAACUUCAAAUUUACCGCGUUUAAAUCAAUUCCCAAAAGUGCCUCCAAAUUUAUCCUUGUACAAAUACGAGGGGAAUUUUUAUCCUUCCUACGCCUCCUCGAAGAUAAUCCAUCCUAGAAAUGUACUAAAAGAAACAGAAACUUGGAGACCUAUGCAAUUUACAAGAUACCUUAAUCCAGUGCAUCUAAGUCAAGAAAUCUAUCAUGAUGACGACGAAGUAGAAAAUGCUAAACACCAUCCUCAUCAACAACAGACACCGAGAAGUAAUAUUGCUGAUGAUGAUGCAACAGGUAGUGAAUAUCAAGUGGCAAUGAAAGUGCAACCUUUGGUGCAACAAGUUAUUUCAAGUGGAAAGCCCCAUAACAUCAUAGAAGAAAGUGGUAAGUCCCACCAGUCUAAGAGGCAACUAAAACUAGGUAUCAUGUCACCGGAGACCAAGAAGAAGUUGCAAUUGCAAUCGUUUCAUAAUAAUCAUAACCAAAAUGGUUUGUACACUCAUAAAAAUAAUGAAUUACCAUCUUUGGCAUCACCUGUAAAAAGUGUCCCGAAUAAAAUUAUCCCAGGUGUUAGCCGACAUUAUCAUGACAUUUUGUUGAAGUACAAAUCUCCGGAGGAAUUGGUUUUUGGUCAUGUAUUAAGCUGGCCAGAAAUGGCACAGAAAAGGAUCGAGAAAAAAGAUAACAAUCAUUUCAAAGGUCAGGUAAUUUGGGCUGAUAAGACAGGAGGUUACGGUGAGCAUUAUUGGGACCUUGCUCAAGGAGCUCUGUGAAAUAAAUGAAAAAGGCGCUUACGUUCUUUGGUGGCAGCGCUAUUAAAUAUGCAUAUUCUUAUGACGAACGUGACUUUCAACAAUUUUUGAAUAUUAUAUCUCAGCAAAAUUUUGAAAUGUACUAUUGCACAACUCUGAAAUGAAGAAAGAUAAUAAACAUCAUUCGGAAGAAGACACGAACA